GAUUUUUUAUAAUUUGGGCUCGAUUCAGAUGAAUGUUUGGUGAUUUUGGUAGUGAAGAGUUUGAUAGGUUAAUCGGAGUAAUUUGUGAACCUCGAAUGGGCAUUGAAUUCGCUUGCUACUCGUCUUUGACUUGCCUUGUUGUGAGAGCUUCGUAGUUGAGAAAUGGCGCUGUUUUCGUUAAUUCUUGUUCUUCUUUUGCAAUUAUCAAAAAUAUCCACUUUCGAGCUAUUGAACAACGAAAUUUCGUGUGGGACAUACCAAAUCAGCCACGUCGGUGAUUUUAGUCACGAAUUGUUUUACAUAGACGGGAAAACGGUCGAUGUAAAUAUCUUUUGUAAGUCUUUGAGAAAUUACCGUGACAAGGAUUGCUUCCCUGAAAAUGUCAGGUUUCAGUACUGCAAACAAUUAGGAAGAAAAUCACUAAAAGAUGUGGUUAGAGAAGAACAUAGUCGAGUCGACGAUGAUAAAACAUCUUCAAAUGGGAAAGAUAAAUACGAUAAUUAUAUAUUAAAACCGAAAAUGUUAGCCAUCGCAGUACCUGGUUUCUUCCUUUUAUGUUGUGCAUUACUUUGUCCGUGUUUCCAAGCGAGGAAAAAAGAUUCUAGCCAUGACAUGUUAUUCAAGGAGCCGAAUUCAAUGGAUUCAGUUUCGUCUUUAGAAAUGAACACCGUGUUCGAAAAAUUGCCCGGCAGUCCAAUGAGAGCUCCGGCAAGCCCGCUUAGAGUGCCGCCAAGCCCGUCACGUUUUUCCAUGUCACCGAAACUAAACAGACUCGGUUCAGUUCAUCUGAAUAUGGGCCAAGUUACAAGAGCUACGCAUAAUUUCUCUCCAUCGUUAUUGAUUGGUGAAGGCGGCUUCGGAAAUGUCUACAAGGCUGAACUGCCAGAUGGACAGGUCGUUGCUAUCAAACGAGCAAGAAAGCAGGAGCAUUUUGACGCAAUGAGGACUGAAUUCAGAAGUGAAGUUGAACUUCUGUCGAAAAUCGAUCACCGGAAUCUGGUCAAGCUUCUUGGCUAUGUUGAAAAAGGAAACGAACGCCUCAUUAUCACAGAGUAUGUACCCAACGGUACCCUUAGAGACCACCUAGAUGGUAUCAAGGGAAAGAUAUUGGAUUUCAAUCAGCGUCUCGAAAUUUCCAUCGAUGUCGCUCAUGGAUUAACGUAUCUCCAUCUAUAUUCUGAGAAGCAAAUUAUCCACAGAGAUGUAAAGUCCUCGAAUAUUCUAUUAACCGAGAGCUUUAGAGCAAAAGUUGCGGAUUUCGGUUUCGCUAGGUUUGGUGACGAUGCUGGUAAAACGCACGUAUCCACCAAAGUAAAAGGCACGGUUGGUUAUCUCGAUCCAGAGUACAUGAGAACAUUUCAACUCACUACAAAGAGCGAUGUUUACUCUUUCGGAAUAUUGUUGCUUGAAAUUUUAACGGGCCGUAGGCCCGUUGAGUUGAAGAGACCACAUGAUGAGAGGGUGAUUAUUAAAUGGGCGUUUAGGAAAUACAAUGAACGGAGAUAUUCGGAGAUGGUGGACCCACUAAUGAACGAGACGAUAGAAGAGGAGAUUUUGGUGAAGAUGUUUAGUUUGGCGAUACAAUGUGCUGCGCCUACACGAGUCGAUCGGCCCGAUAUGAAAGCCGUUGGCGAACAGUUGUGGGGGAUUAGAAUGGACUACUUGAAAAGUGAAAGGAAAGGGUGAAAUUAGAAACAUGAUUUUGUGUCGAUUGUUUUGUUCAUCUCAAUUGUCAUUCUUACAGAGUUUGUUGUAUCAUCAUUUUAGGUUGAUGAAUAUCAAUUGCAGUUCUGAAGAAAAUCUUAGCAUUGACUUGUUCAUA